GAUACACAUCCACAUUUCGUUCAUGAAAAAGGCAGUUGAGGUCGUUCCAAAAGUUGCAUCGGAUAACAAUAAAUACCUAUUUCCGAAUGUCAAGUGUUAUGAUCUUGAACGGAUCGAAUAUUAGAUAAGAUAGUAAGCACUCCAUUUGUGACUCAUAUUAAUCGAAACUGCAGUAUAACGUGAAAAAAGUUGAAGCCAUUAUUUUUUAACGAGUGAUGGAGAUGGAGAACAAUAAUAUACGAAGAGAUGCUAAACUGAUUCCACAAAAAAGAAAAAAUUCUACUAAGCAAGUGAACGCAACAGCAGCUUAUCGAAAAGACUCAGGUGGUAUCAAUCCACAGGCAGAAAAUUUAGACCCCAUAGGGAAUUCAGUGGAAUCAACAAGCACUACAGAUGUGUUCGGAAGAUUUUUCGAUAAACGUGAAUACUGUUUGGAUGCCCUCGAAUAUCCACGGGAUGGUGAUGAUCCCGGUUUGGUUCUCAUUUUCAACCAGGAACACUUCCAAGGAAGCAACGAAACAAGAGAAGGAUCUGAAAAGGACGUUCAAGAUAUAAUCACUUGUUUUGGUAGAUUAGGUUUCAACAUACGAAAAAACCACAUUUUUAAGGACUGUUCGGAAAAAGAAUUAUUUCAAAAAGUUGACGAAGUGCUGAAUUCUGACCUAUCUCAAAUUAAUUCUGUACUGGUGUUCAUUCUUUCUCAUGGUGGCAAUUGUAACUUAAUUCACACCAGCUCAAAUGGCUUCAAACUCGAGGAUUUACUGUCAAAGUUUGCGAAUUGUGAAGCGCUUAGAGGAAAACCUAAGAUGUUUGUGGUACAGGCUUGCAAAGGAGACGAAAGAACUGUAAUUUCGACCGAGGGUGGGAACAAGCAGAUUGUACCUUUAUCAACAUUCAGCGAAAUAUAUCCAGAUAUAAUCAUAAUUUAUAGCACGAUGGAAGGAAAAUAUGCAUUCAGAGACAUAGAAAAGGGAACCUGGCUAAUUCAAGAAAUCUGUAAAAAUUUUACUGCCUAUGGACGGAGAGAUGACAUUUUGACCCUUUCGACGAGAGUUACCAAAUGCAUUUGUACGAAUUAUUACCUUCAAAAUCUAGGAGAUGUGGAAAAACAGAUUCCAGUUGUAGUUUCUACACUCAGCAAAAAAUUUUACCUGAAUAGGAAUAAAGAUAGACACUUCGUCAUAAAAUCAUCAGAAACUCUAAAUGGUAUUCUGAAUCAAUUGAAGGUGAUAUCUGGAAAAAUGGAAUAAUUCCCUAAACAUUUAUUAUCAAUGGGAGUGCUGUGUUUCUCAUAUUACGAUGUCAUAUUUCAUAAUCAUCUAAAAUUUUAUUGUCUAUGCCAUUCAAUAAAGUUUUAAUUUUUUUUACAUU